GCGUCUGAUGGUGCAAAGCGGGAAUGGACGUCUUGGGCGGAAAUCACAGGCACGAGGCUCCCUGGAAGAGGAUGUCUAAAGAGGAGCUGGAUAACCAGUAUUCCCCCAGCAGAUGGGUCAUCCGUCUGGGAGCAGAGGAGGCCAUGAGGACCUAUUCACAGAUAGGCAGCGAAGCCGGCCAAGAGGUGCCACCGGUGCAUCUGCCCCAUUUCAUUGGUGAAGAAGGGGAGUGUGAUGAUGGGCCAGUCACCAAGAGGGCCCGGGCCACCGGGAGGAGCCUGCUUGAUGUCCCCUACGGAGAGGGCGAAGGAGAGAAAUUGGACAUCUACCUUCCCGAGGCAGUAUCUGAAGCCAUGCCUUUCCUGGUGUUUUUUCACGGAGGAUACUGGCAGAGCGGAAGUAAAGACACGUCAGCCUUCAUGGUCAGCCCACUGACAGCACAGGGAGUGGCCGUGGUGAUAGUGGCUUAUGACAUUGCUCCCAAAGGCACCCUGGACCAGAUGGUCGACCAGGUGACCCAGAGCAUCGUGUUUGUCCAGAAGCGGUAUCCAGGCAACCAGGGAAUUUACCUGUGUGGACACUCUGCUGGGGCCCAGCUCGCUGCCAUGAUGCUCCUGGCCAACUGGAUCAAGCAUGGAGUCACGCCCAACCUCAAAGGCUUCUUCCUGCUGAGCGGGGUUUACGACCUGGAGCCCAUCAUGCACACCUCUGAGAAUGCCCCCCUCCUCCCGACCCUGGAGGAUGCUCAGAGGAACAGCCCGCUGUGGCAACUGGAGACGGCCCCCACCCAGCCCGCGGAUCCAGCCUGCCGCAUCCUGGUGACUGUCGGCCAGCACGACAGCCCAGAAUUCCGCCGACAGUCCAGGGAGUUUCAUCAGACGUUGUGCCGAGGAGGGUGGAAAGCCUCCUUUGCAGAGCUCCACGAUGUGGACCACUUUGAAAUCCUCUGGAAUCUAACCCAGGAGGACUAUGUGCUCACCCAGAUUAUUUUGAAAACAAUCUUCCAGCAGUCCUGAUGACACCUGAACCCUGCCACUGCCGGCAUGUAUCCCGACUGGGAAGCUUCUCCGAGAGCCCCACUGCUUCCCUCUCCUGCUGGCCUCAGCUCUACCCAGCAGCGCCUGUUUGUUCACUCGCCCCCGGCCAGAAUCCAUUCUUCUCGCUGCUCUGAGCCUGAGUACAAAGCUCCAUGGCCCGCCCCCCGCCUGGAUCGAGUGGGCUCCAGGGAAGGACUGGCCCAGGUCCAUGCCGGGUGUGUUGCCCAGAGCUGCCCCUCUGGCUGAGAAGGUGAAGCAAAAAUGACAACUCGUAACCAACACUAAGAGAAAGAGCUCCCUAAACCAGUCUUUGUUCCUUUUUUUGUUUUUUAUUUUUUUGCCAAACCACACGGCAUGUGGGAUCUCAGUCCCCAGACUAGGGGUUGAACCACAACACCCCCUGCACUGGGAGUGUGAAAUCUUAACCACUGGACUGCCCAGUGGUUAAGGGAAGUCCCUGUCCCUUUUUUCUUUUUUUUGCUCCACUUUUUCAUGUCUGCUCGGUCCUGGGCUCCACCUGACGUCUGGCUUCAUCCCAGAAAACCCUGGGAUGUUAUCCUUGGGACUAACACUUCGACCGGAUUAGCCCUGGUAGCUCGGUGGUAAAGAAUCUGCCUGCCAAUGCAGGAGACAUGGGUUUGAUCCCUGAUCCAGGAA